AUGCCAUCUUCUCCCUUCGGCGUCAAACCACUUCGCCGACCCUUGCCCACCCUUGCUGAGUUCAACUUUCCAGAAACGCAACCGCUGGAACUGCCCAGGCAACCCUCGAUUGACUCGACAACCGGCUCAGCGCAACCCCCGAGUGACUCGCCAGCCGACCCAAGGCAUCCUUCCUCACCCAAGGAACAGACAGUCUCCCUCGGCCGCAGACACCCACGAACGGAUUGGUCCCCAAACGCCGCCUGGGCUUUUCCGACGAGGACGCCGGAUUUCUUCGUGGGACGAGGACGACCGCAUUUCUUCGUGGGACGAGGUCCGUGGACUAAAGUGCGGUUGGGGGAGUGA